ACAGCGUGACGUGGGGGUACUGAGAGCCGCGGGAGCAGCGGUCUCGGCUUCAGUUCUAGGCUAUUCGGUCGCCCGGGCGGAAGGAGCCGCCGGCCCGGCCCUCGGGGGCCCUGAACUCGCCCAGCUAUCGCUUCCCUCUGCUCUUCCUCUGGAGUGAGGAAGGCGCAGCGGGGAUCAGAGCCAAAAGGGCAAGGGAGGGUCGCGCGCAUGGCCUCGGCAGGCGCGCGGCGGCUCCCGGCGGGUACGCGCGCCGCUGCCCGUGGUUGCGGUGGCUUCUCUGUGCGCCCGGCCCCGCCUCCGGGCCCUCUGCGACCGCCAGGACCAAUGAGAUUUCUGAUGUCCUGCAGCCUCUUCUUGCCCCGGGCUGUCCAGGUCUUGGCGGCUGAGGCUGGCUUAUCUCCCAGACGUUCCUUUAUGGGCUUUGCUGCCCCCUUCACCAACAAGCGAAAGGCUUACUCUGAGCGUAGGAUCAUGGGGUACUCAAUGCAGGAGAUGUACGAGGUGGUAGCCAAUGUCCAGGAGUAUCGUGAGUUUGUGCCCUGGUGUAAGAAGUCUUUGGUGGUAUCCAGCCGCAAAGGUCACCUGAAGGCCCAGUUGGAGGUUGGCUUUCCACCUGUCAUGGAACGUUAUACUUCUGCUGUUUCCAUGGUCAAACCUCACAUGGUCAAGGCUGUUUGCACUGAUGGCAAGCUCUUCAACCACUUAGAAACCAUUUGGCGGUUCAGCCCUGGUAUUCCUGCCUAUCCGAGAACUUGCACUGUGGACUUUUCAAUUUCCUUUGAAUUUCGUUCUCUGCUGCACUCCCAGCUGGCCACCAUGUUUUUUGAUGAGGUUGUCAAACAGAAUGUCGCUGCUUUCGAGCGUCGGGCAGCAACCAAGUUUGGUCCAGAAACAGCCGUCCCUCGUGAACUGAUGUUCCAUGAGGUGCACCAGACCUGAGGCAAAGGACUGUUCCCUAGCCUCUCUUCUCCUCUCCCUCCCCACCCAAUUCUCUUAUUUAUUUCAUUUGGCUACUGCUCCAAUGAGUCUAUGCUCAUUAACACUGUUCUCCUUCUCCAUUCCCUGGAAACUGGGCUCUAAACUGGGAGAAAGAAAAGGCAGGGAGGUAUGGAAAGGAGAUGUGCCUAGGAGAGGGUCAGGCACAUCUUGAGACCCUGUAUGCCUGAUGCCUGCAACUUUCUCACACUGAAUUGUAAUCAGGACUGUAUGGCCAUUUCUGAGCUCUUGUCAAGGUGCCUUACCAGGUCAAGGUGCCUGAUUAGGGGGGAGACAGCAAUUUUCCUAAGGAUUGAACACAAUGAACUCUUUCCUCUGACACAGAGCUGCUGGGUGGUCAAUAACUUUGCCUGCCUGAAAUUCCUCAGGAGAUGCCUGAGAUCUGGUCCCAGCCUGAAAUCCUUAGGAUGACACUUUAAGGAUGUUUCCAUGCUGUCUGGCUAGUAGACAGCAAGGAGCUUUCUUAUCAUCAGUGCCAGAGGGACAAGGAGCAAAAAAGCACUGAACAGUUGUACUUGUGGGUUGUACCUUAUUCUUCCACUUGGCAUGGGUUUUUGUAAAAAUUCAAUAAAUUAAUUGUGAUGGUGUGAA